AUGGGAGGCAUUAUGGCCCCCAAAGACAUAAUGACAAAUACUCAUGCUAAAUCCAUCCUCAAUUCAAUGAACUCCCUCAGGAAGAGCAAUACCCUCUGUGAUGUGACAUUGAGAGUUGAGCAGAAAGACUUCCCUGCCCAUCGGAUUGUGCUGGCUGCGUGUAGCGAUUACUUCUGUGCCAUGUUCACUAGUGAGCUUUCAGAGAAGGGGAAACCUUAUGUUGAUAUCCAAGGUUUAACUGCUUCUACCAUGGAAAUCCUUUUGGACUUUGUGUACACAGAAACAGUACAUGUGACAGUGGAAAAUGUACAAGAACUGCUCCCUGCAGCCUGUCUACUUCAGCUGAAAGAGCCUGUGCUCUUCUCCACCAGGCUCCUGUCCUUGGGAGAUGGCAGCCUGAACAAAGAGGCAGAUGCAUACACGAACGUCUCUGCUGUGGAUUCUGAAGAGCCAGUUUUUGAGGCUGUCAUCAACUGGGUGAAGCAUUCCAAGAAGGAGCGAGAAGAAUCCUUGCCUGACCUGCUGCAGUACGUGCGGAUGCCCCUGCUGACCCCCAGGUACAUCACAGAUGUAAUAGAUACAGAGCCUUUCAUCCGCUGUAGUUUACAGUGCAGAGAUCUAGUUGAUGAAGCCAAGAAGUUUCAUCUGAGGCCUGAACUGCGGAGUCAGAUGCAGGGACCAAGGACAAGGGCUCGUCUAGGAGCCAAUGAAGUCCUUCUGGUGGUUGGGGGCUUCGGGAGUCAGCAGUCUCCCAUUGACGUGGUAGAGAAGUAUGACCCUAAGACUCAGGAGUGGAGCUUUUUGCCGAGCAUCACUCGUAAGAGACGGUAUGUGGCCUCAGUGUCCCUACAUGACCGGAUCUACGUAAUUGGUGGCUAUGAUGGCCGUUCCCGCCUCAGUUCAGUGGAAUGUCUAGACUACACAGCAGAUGAGGAUGGGGUCUGGUAUUCUGUGGCCCCUAUGAAUGUCCGACGAGGACUUGCUGGAGCCACCACCCUGGGAGAUAUGAUCUACGUCUCUGGAGGCUUUGAUGGAAGCAGGCGUCAUACCAGUAUGGAGCGAUAUGACCCAAACAUUGACCAGUGGAGCAUGCUGGGAGAUAUGCAGACAGCCCGGGAAGGCGCUGGACUAGUAGUAGCCAGCGGAGUGAUCUACUGCCUAGAUGGAUUGUACCUGCUGAUUAAACCACAGCCGAUGAGAUACGUGGCACAUCCUAUCUCAGGAAGAGAUGCAGAGGAGGUUGAAAGGGAGGCAGAGAAGUGGGAGUAA